CGUCACUUCCUCCCCACGUGAAACCAACGAACGCGCGGUGCAUGUGAGGAGCAGCACAUCCACAACAGACUUCUUUGCGUUUAACGGCCGCCAAAACAAAUAUUAUCAUCUUAUGAUUAUCGAUAGCAGGACUAUGGAGUCAGCAGAGGAGGAGUCGCUGCUCGGACAGGACUCUGAGGAGGAAGACAGUGAAUUAUCAGACGAUGAGCUCCAAGAAGCUUUUACGAAGGGGUUUUUGAAACCAGGGAUGAACGUCCUGGUGGAUAAACCCAAAAAAUGUGUCAACAAUGUGGAGGGUUUGAAACAGUGCCUUGCUGACUUCCGUAAAGAUCUUCCCUGGGUGGAGAGGUUGGAUAUGACCAACCUGCCGGCUGAAGACGUUCUUUCUCAAGCUGAAGGAAAAGUUCCCAGUGCUAAAAAUGGAGAUGUCAAUGCAGAUGAUGAUUUUCAGAGAGAAAUGUUCUUCUACCGUCAAGCUCAAGCUACAGUUCUCGAGGCAUUGCCUCUCCUGAGCAAGCAUGGCAUAGCCACCAAGAGGCCUGACGAUUACUUUGCAGAGAUGGCAAAGUCCGACCAGCAGAUGCAGAAGAUCAGGAAAAAGCUGAUCUCAAAGCAGAUGAUACUGGAGAAGUCAGAAAAGGCCAAGAAACUGCGCGAGCAAAGAAAGUUUGGCAAAAAGGUCCAAAUAGAAGUGAUUCAGAAGAGGCAGAAAGAGAAGAAAGCUAUGAUGAGUGCUGUGAAGAAAUACCAGAAAGGAAUGACCGACAAACUGGAUUUCUUGGAAGGAGACCAGAAAAAGGGCAAAGACUCAUCUCAGGUGCCAAACAAAGCAAUAAACAAGAAGGGCCCCAAUGCCAAGAGAAAAUACAAGGACCAGAAGUUUGGGUUCGGAGGCAAGAAGAGUGGGAAGAAGUGGAACACCAAGGAGAGCCACAACGAUGUCUCCAGUUUCCGCGCCAAAGUGGCUCAUGGGAAAGGCGGGAAGGGAGGGAAGAAAGGUGGCAAAGGUGGAAAACAGAAUAAACGCCCGGGCAAGUCUGUACGCAAGAAGAUGAAGUCCCGCUCGUAAAAAAACUGACUGAGGCUGGUCAAUAGGCUGCACUUGGACUUUGUUUCUAGGCAGGGUUUCCUGCACCCGCUCCCCAGUCUCAACUACAUUUACACCAGGAGACAUUUAGCAGAACGUGGGCUUUUCUUCUACAGUUUUUGUACAACAUGCCUUCUGUUAAACGUGUCUGGAUUAAUAUGGAGGAUCCUUCAAGCUACAGAGAGAAAACCGUCCUGCCAUAUUGCUUAAGAAGUUAUUUGAAGGACAUGACUGGUGAAGAAAAGGUCUCACUGCAGAAAGAGUAAAGCCAGGAGUGGACUACAUGGAGCCAACUAAACCACAAAGGAAAAAAGUGUUUUAUUGAGUAUAAUUGACUCUAUAUCCCUAUUUGAGAAGGUGGUUUAAAAGCCACUUUCUGUGAUUACAUCCUGAUGUCCACACAAGCCUCAUUGUUGUUUAAUUUACACUGUGUGUGCUCUUCAGAGUUUUGUGUUUUCUGCUUUAUUUUUUUCUAACUCAGCUCCUUGACUCACUGAUUCUCUCCCAUGUGACAUGACAUUUUAUAAUAUUGAGCAGCUGUUAGUUUUGCCCUUUCCUGUUCAUUAAUAUGAUAAGUAUGUGAGGGGCAUGUGUGCUUCGUAUAGACCUGUGCUGGUAAAUGUUGCCCCGCAAGCGUUUUUUCUCAGCUCGCUGAGAUGGAAAUGAGAAAGGGCAGCUUCUGGGGAUGACACUUGUAUGUUUUUUACAAUAAACACAUACAUUUGAAAA